UACAAGGGAAAUCCCAAGAUGGAGGGGGAUCAAGACGACCCAGAAUUUCAAAAACCGCCGGCUGAAGUGAAGUAUGAAUACUUGGACCACACUGCAGAUGUCCAGCUUCACUCAUGGGGAGAUGACAUCAAGGAGGCAUUUGAACAGGUUGCCAUGGCGAUGUUUGGUUAUAUGACAGAAAUAGAAUAUGUUGAAAUGCUAGACAAGCAAUCUAUAGAAGCACAAGGUGAAGAUAUAGAAAGCCUGUUGUUUCACUUCUUGGAUGAGUGGCUCUUUCUCUUCUCUGCAGAGCCAUUUUUUAUAGCUAGAAAAAUAAAAAUAACUGAAUUUGACGAAGAAAAUUUUAGGAUAAAAGCAGUAGGGUAUGGAGAAGAGUUUGACCUUGACAAGCAUCCCCAGGGGACAGAGGUCAAGGCCAUCACCUAUAGCAACAUGCAAGUUCACAACACAGAGGAAAAACAUGAAAUAUUUGUCAUCAUAGAUAUCUAAGAGAAUCUUCAGUGUACUACAGUGAGAAUUUACCUGUAGUGAUAUCUUUGUUCACGACACAGAGGAAAAACAUGAAAUAUUUGUCAUCAUAGAUAUCUAAGAGAAUCUUCAGGGUACUACAGUGAGAAUUUACCUGUAGUGAUAAUAAAAAUAGUUCAUGACACAGAAAAAACAUGAAAUAUUUGUCAUCAUAGAUAUCUAAGAGAAUCUUCAGUGUACUACAGUGAGAGUUUACCUGUAGUGUUAUCAUAGUUCAUGACACAGAGGAAAAACAUGAAAUAUUUGUCAUCAUAGAUAUCUAAGAGAAUCUUCAGUGUACUACAGUGAGAGUUUACCUGUAGUGUUAUCAUAGUUCACAACACAGAGGAAAAACAUGAAAUAUUUGUCAUCAUAGAUAUCUAAGAGAAUCUUCAGUGUACUACAGUGAGAGUUUACCUGUAAUGAUAUCUUAGUUCACAACACAGAGGAAAAUCAUGAAAUAUUUGUCAUCAUAGAUAUUGCUUAUGUCAAUAAAUAUCUUCAACAGGGAAGUAGAAGUGCCUUGAACUUCGAUCAGCAGAAGCGAACGUGGUGAUGUGCAUUCUAAUGGAGCUUUUUCUUGAAAUAUGUCUCAACAAAAUUUAAUUGCACGUGACACAUUGACAUGCAAGCUUUGAGUUUCAUGUGUGUAGAAAAGAAAUAUAAAACAAUUGCAAAAGAUUGAUGAGACAGCGGAUGAAUUAGUACCGCCGUUAAGUUCUUGUUGGCUUUCUUAUACAUGUAUAUAUAGAUGCUCUUUCAUGAUCUAAUUAUGUGAAGUGCGUGAUUGGUCAGUAAUAAUAGGAAAGAGAUCAAAUUAGAAAUCACAUUUCACAAAUUUGGACUGACAUUUUAUUUUUCCCCAUGAUUUUGUUAUAAAUUGUGAUUUUCAACAAAAAAA